GGAGUGAGAAGAAAGAAUAACAUUUUGAGGACACGUAGUUUCAAGAAAACAGCCUUUUCCGAGACCGAGUCGAAUUCCAGUGGCUCGGUGAGAAGUGAAAUUGGUAGGUCACCAUGGCAUCAGGCAAUGGAAGCAGUGAGGAGGAGAAGAGUCUGCGGGAGUGUGAGUUCUAUGUGCAGAAACACAACAUUCAGCAGCUUCUCAAGGACUGCAUCGUCCAGCUGUGCACCUCCAGGCCCGACCGGCCCAUGGCCUUCCUCAGAGAGUACUUUGAGAGACUAGAAAAGGAGGAGGCCAAACAGAUCUUGAAUCAGCAGAAGGCCAGCUCUCGCUCAGACUCGCGCGAAGAUGAGGUGUCUCCUCCGUUGAACCCCGUGGUGAAGGGGCGCAGGAGGAGAGGAGCCAUCAGUGCUGAAGUCUACACAGAGGAGGAUGCUGCUUCCUACGUCAGAAAGGUCAUUCCUAAAGACUACAAAACAAUGGCAGCUCUGGCCAAAGCUAUUGAAAAGAAUGUGCUCUUCUCACAUCUGGAUGACAACGAGAGAAGUGACAUUUUUGAUGCCAUGUUUCCAGUCACUUACAUUGCUGGGGAGAUUGUCAUACAGCAAGGCGAUGAGGGUGAUAACUUCUACGUCAUCGAUCAAGGAGAAAUGGACGUCUACGUAAACAGCGAAUGGGUGACCAGUAUUGGGGAGGGUGGCAGUUUUGGAGAGCUGGCCCUGAUAUACGGCACUCCACGAGCCGCCACGGUCCGAGCCAAGACCAACGUGAAGCUGUGGGGCAUUGACAGAGACAGCUACAGGAGAAUACUGAUGGGAAGCACUUUGAGAAAGAGAAAGAUGUAUGAAGAAUUCCUCAGUAAAGUAUCCAUUUUAGAGUCCCUGGACAAGUGGGAACGUCUGACUGUAGCUGAUGCACUGGAGCCUGUCCAGUUUGAAGACAGCCAGAAGAUUGUAGUCCAAGGAGAACCUGGGGAUGAAUUCUUCAUCAUAUUAGAGGGCUGUGCGGCUGUGCUGCAGCGCAGAUCUGAGAACGAGGAGUUUGUGGAAGUUGGACGGUUAGGACCCUCUGACUAUUUCGGUGAAAUUGCUCUGCUAAUGAACAGGCCAAGAGCGGCCACAGUGGUGGCCCGGGGCCCACUGAAGUGUGUCAAGCUGGACCGGCCACGGUUUGAGCGAGUGUUGGGGCCCUGCUCAGAUAUUCUCAAACGUAACAUCCAGCAGUACAACAGCUUUGUCUCCCUGUCUGUCUGACAGUCACCAUC